AUGCUGGCCUGCGGCGCCAGCAUCGCAGCCCAAGAAACAGCUUCGACAGCAUCGCCCUCCUUCCUUGCAGACGUCGUGUCCAAACUUCCAGCAUGUGCAGUAGAUUGCUUUGGUAAAUUAUCCAAGCCGACAGCAUGCCUCCCGACGGACAAAGCCUGUCUAUGUGCCGACAAGGACAUGUUGGCGAGUGUUGCUGCUUGUGUACUCGAGGAUUGCACAGCCAAAGAAUCUAUUCUGGCCAAGAAGACUGUGGCAGAAGGCUGCAACGAGCCGGUCAGGGACAAGAACAAAACCUACAUGACCAUUUCGGACACGUUUGGCAUCAUUUCCGGGCUCGUCGUUAUCCAAAGAUUUGCGUUCAAGCUCUGGGCCAAGCAAGACUUUGGCUUGGAUGACUGGUUCGCCUUGGCCACCAUCGUCACCGGGGCCCCCUCAACCGUCAUCAACACCUAUGGGGUGGGAGCCAACGGCAUCGGUCGCGACGUCUGGACCCUAGAGCUUGACCAAAUCUCGAAAUUCGGCAAGUACUUCUUCAUCAUGGAAAUCCUGUACUUUGUGCAGAUCGCUCUGGUCAAGCUGGCGCUGCUGUUCUUCUUCCUGCGCAUCUUCCCGGCCCGAAACGUCCGACGACUUCUGUGGGGAACGGUAGUUUUCACAAUCGCCUACGCGCUUGUCUUUGCCUUGGUCGGCAUCUUCACCUGCUCGCCCGUCUCCUAUCUUUGGACCAGAUGGGAUCAGGAGCACGACGGAACCUGCCUCGACAUCAACGCCAUUGUCUUGUCAAACGCGGUGAUUGGCAUCGCAAUAGACUGCUGGAUCUUGGCCAUUCCGAUGUGGCAGCUCAACGGUCUCAAUAUGCAGUGGAGGCAGAAGCUGAGCGUGGCUGCCAUGUUUUUGCUGGGCACCUUUGUCACGGUGGUGAGCAUGUUGAGGCUUCAGUCGCUUGUGCGCUUUGGCUACGAUUCCAUCAACCCGACAUGGGACUUUUUCGACGUAUCGGUGUGGUCAUGCAUCGAAGUCAACGUGGGCAUUUGGUGCGUUUGCAUGCCGUCGCUGAGACUCCUUCUGGUGCGUCUAUGCCCGUCCUGGAGGGGCUCGUCCGCGCGCAGCUACACGAGGUACGGGAGCAGCGUCAACCAAGGGGACAAGAGCCAUCAAAACAAGUCGCUGGGCCCCAGUGCCACCGCAACGUCUCACUUUGAUCGCGUCCAUGGCCGGUUGAGCGGGGGCAUCAAGGGCAACCAGAUAUGCUACCAGAAAUCGUACAAGGUGGAAGUUUCGGAUGCGGAUGAAAUGGCUCUGGUGUCUGUCGGCGGCAACGAGUCGCGAACGGGUAGCAAGCGGCGGUAG